GGAAGGCGCCAUGAAGAAGACGCCGGAGCAGCUCCACAUCCUGAAGAAGGCCUUCGUUCGCACGCAGUGGCCGACGGGCGAGGAGUACGACCAGAUGUCGGAGGAGAGCGGCCUGCCGAGGACCUACAUCGUCAACUGGUUCGGAGACACGCGCUACGCCUGCAAGAACAGCAACCUCAAGUGGUACUACCUGUACCAGAGCGGCAAGGUGGACGAGGCGCUGAACGGCGGAGCGAAGACCCCGAAGAAGUCCAGGAAGCGUUUCCGUGGUUGGUCCCGUAGGACGCGCCGGCCGUAUCCCUGCAAGCGCUCGCCACAGGGGGGCGCCACCACCAUCAAGGUGAAGUCCGGUAAGUCGUUCCUGAAGGACUACUACCUGAAGCACCGAGCCCUGAGCGAGAGAGACCUGGACGACCUGGUCACCAAGUCCAGCAUGAGCUACGAGCAGGUCAGGGACUGGUUCUCGGAGACGGCCAGGCGGGCGGAGGAGGGGAGGGAGCCCUUCAGCGACGAGGAGGCCGCACGAGAGGACGAGGAGGAGGAGGAGGAGGAAGAAGAGGAGGAGGAGGAGGAGGAAGAAGAAGGAGAAGAGGAGGAGGAGGAGGAAGCGGCUGCAGGGCAUGCAGACAGCGAAGAAGAGAUGGAGGUGAAAGAACAGGGGGAGGAGGCCACUGAUGACGACUGUAACGAGGAAGAGGAGGAAUCUGAAGACGUCAGCCAAUCACAGCCUCAGAUCCAGGAGGAAUCUGAAGACGUCAGCCAAUCACAGCCUCAGGCAGAAGAGCAGACAUGAGCAGACAGCAUCAACUUUCCCUUCCCCGCUCUGGAGACGACAACGUGUCAGUGUUUCUCAGCCGGUGGGUCAGGACCAAAAGAUGGCCGCAGGAAGCUCCGACAGAGAGACAAGAUAAUUGUUACCACGACGGGUUUUGUGCCUCGAUUGCGGCUGAGAAGCACUGAGAUGACAACGGAGCUGAAUUAACGGACAAAAAGCGCCAGGAUGUAGGUUGGUUUCUGCUCGAUUUAAACGUGAGGACCAAUCGACAGCGCACGAUGACUCAGCGAACGUUUCCUCUACA